CAUAAUGCAUCGCUAGUUCUUGCUACUUCCUCUUUCCGCCAUAUUGCAGAACCGGUAAGGGCCCCCUCUAAAAUCUCAUUGUCAAUCUUUCCCAAAUCUAACCCAUCCAGGCGUCUAAAACACAAUUUAUGAAAUUAUAUAAACGUUUAAUAAUGUACUAAUGUCAUGAAACGGUUAUUGUGUCGAUAUGGUGUGAGAUGUUGGUGUUUUGCCUUGUGAUUUUGUAAAGUCUCCAUCACUGUCCGGUUUACUGGUGUGUUGUAUCGGUAGCUAGAGUUCGAACAUAUGAAUAAAACCCGACAAUUAAUACUGCUAGGCUCCUUUCGGUGUGUUCUUAAUUAGUCGACAAAUUUGCUUUAUUGUCAAGAUGUGGUAUAAAUGUUGAAUAGUACAGUUUGGUUGGCUAACUAACCAACUCUGCUAGCCAGCUUGGCCCGUACAUGAAGACUUCCAUGCGUGGUAGACAGUCACGAUGGUGGUGCUUAAAUGUAUCUGCAUGGCCGUGCAAACCUCUUCUAAUUUGUUAUCAAAGAACCCAACGUUUGUCCCAGUUUUGAAAUUGUUGGCGCUAGCGUUAGCCAUUCAAGUGUUAUGUCUUGGCCAGUGAAAUGUAGGCGGUUAGCUUUAACCAGGUAAUUUUGAAAGCAAGCAUAGCAUAAUGUGUCUAGAGGUUGCUACCUUAGUAGGUAGCCUUCUAUUUUCUUCAGCAAAGUAACCACGUAACGUUAGCUAGCUAGUUGGGCAAUAAUUUGCUAGGCAAUGUCAUAGGUAAGUCGAUAAUCAAAUAGUCAUCUCAUACUCAAUGAUGUCCAUCUACCUACAUUUGAGCUAGCUUACAAUCAAUCUGUUGGCUGACUUAUUUGUUAAGUCAGUCAGUUGUAACUUACUGUUAGUAAAAUAUCUAGCUAGAAUAGGCAGCUAACGUUAUCUUGCCAGUUUCACAGCAUGUUAUUAGGAGAACAAACCACUAUCAGACUGAAUGUUUACUAGUAACUAGCAAGCUGUGCAUUAGUUGGCUGCCUUACUACUCCUUCACUUUUAUUUUUUAAUUUUUUCAAUUUCUGAUCGACAGGCAUCAUGGUGCGCAUGAACGUUCUUGCGGAUGCGCUCAAAAGCAUCAACAAUGCUGAGAAACGUGGGAAACGCCAGGUUCUGAUCCGGCCGUGUUCUAAGGUCAUUGUACGUUUCCUGACCGUCAUGAUGAAGCACGGUGAGUUGCGGAAAUGUAUCUUCUGUUUUGUAAGAAGUAUAGGACCAGUCAAGUGGGAGGGCAAAAUAAUGUGCAGACAUCUGCAUAACCCGCUUCCCUCCAGGAGGGGAAUUGCUUACCCCUGGUUGAGGGAUCUGAGUUCGAGCCCUGUAACAUCUUGUUGACAAUGCUGUGUGUCUGCUUGGUCUUGAUUCCCUGCCUCCCUUGUUUCCCCAGGUUACAUUGGUGAGUUUGAGAUCAUCGACGACCACAGAGCUGGGAAAAUUGUCGUCAAUCUCACUGGCAGGCUGAACAAGGUAAAUGUUCAAUAUACUGCAUCACAAGGACUACAAUCAGACAAUUUGAGUGCCAUUCUGCUUCAUUUUACUCAUCUUUUGUGCUUCAUUUUACUCAUCUUUUGUAUUGUGGUAGAUUGAUAGUAGACACUGACCCUUCUGUUUUGCUCAUCUUCUUUGACAUGUUUUUUCCCCCCUGCUCAUAUUCUGCAUUGUGGCAUGAUCAACCUAACUGCAUAAUUGUAGAUUUGAAUAUGGCACUGCUAACCUUUCUUUUGUUUGCUCAUAUCAGUGUGGUGUGAUCAGCCCUCGUUUUGACCUCCAGUUGAAGGAUCUGGAGAAGUGGCAGAACAACCUCCUGCCCUCAAGACAGUUCGGGUGAGAAUGAACCAGCAGCACCCUAAUGGUGGUAUGAGUGUUGUAGUGGCCGUAUCACUGAUUGUGCAGUGGAACGUUGUGAACUGGCAUGUAUUCAUUAGUGGCACGUUGCAAAACGUUUUGCUACGGCGUUUCACUCAUGAAUGCAUCCCUGAUGUCGUGUUAAUGUGCUCCGUUGGGGUGUAUAAAAUUGUGCCCUGGGUUUCACUGACUUGAAAGCUCUGAAUAUUUAUUUGGGAGUCACAGCAAAUAAACUAAUCGCCCUUUAUUUCCAUGCCGGAAUGUUCAGCUUCCGAUUAAUAUCGAGAGCAAGCAAAUGCAGCACUAGUCUAGUAUUUAAAGACACUGGGAGCUCGCUGGGUUGGAGAUUGGAACAGUCAUUGAAGUGUACUUUCUUUGAAAAGAUAAAGGCAGCCUGGGCGACGGGGACUAAAACCCUUAUCAAAACUUAAGUCAGGGAUGGGCAACUCUGAUCCCUGGGACUGAGUGUCCUCUGUCUGCUCCCACUUUCUACUGAAUGUAACCAUGGAAAUAUGAUUGCUGCAGUCUCUUGAACACAAUUUGACCUGCAUGUGGGAAAGUGGGUGAAUAUGGUUGAAUGCUUGAGUCUGCUCUGACAAUAUGGACAAGAAAUCGCCCUCGGUUUUACUUAAGUCCAAUGGUGGAUGUGGUGAGGGCACGGUCGCAGAUUUAUUGAUCUAUGGGAUGUGUGGACUGAUGAAUCCAAGGGGUGUGUCACAAUGACUCGUCCGCAACUGUACUGUAUUUUUUCUCAAAUGUUUAUUGAAAACAUAAAUUCGAAACAAUAACCACUUGUUGUGUCUCAAAUACAUUGUUACAGUGGUUGGCUAGCUAGCAAAUUUGAGCCAUUAGCAAUGACAUGAAAUCAGUCAAAACACUUCAAAACAAGACAUGAUAUCAAGAACGAGAUGAAACUAGCUGAAACGAGUCACUUACGAUUCCCCACAUGGAAUUUUCUUGCCAUUGUUGCUAGCUAUCUGGCCAUCCAUAACAACACCUGGACUUCUGCCCCAUUGAAACAUGUGCAUCGUUUUCUCCAGGUUGUCAGCUAACCCAUCUAUAGUCAACGCAUUUUGGCAUUCCAUGUUUGACAUUUACCUGUGUCAUAGUCUGCCAUAGAAAACCUUUCAAGGCUACAAGCGGAAGAAAUAUAAUUGGCGGUUCAUUCAACUCGCAACUUCUCGAACUCAGCCGUAUAUGAGUUGAUGCGUUCACAUGGCACACGCGAGCUGUCCAGAGUAAAAAGUGAGCGUUCAUCAAUCUACUCGCUGCGCUUAUUUCUUUUUAGGGAAAGUGAUUUACAAAAGUAAACCUUCAAUACUGACAAAAUUGCAAUAGGCUGGCUAGUGGCUACUGUUAGUCUGCGAAAAGAAAGCUACAAAAAGACACCUAGCAUUCAUUUUUACAUUUUAGUCAUUUAGCAGACGCUCUUAUCCAGAGCGACUUACAGGAGCAAUUAGGGUUACAUCGACAGAUUUUUCACCUAGUCGGCUCGGGGAUUAGAACCAGCGACCUUUCGGUUACUGGCACAAUGCUCUUAACCACUAAGCUACCUGCCGCCCUUCGUCUUGGAUAGCCUACUGUAGCCAGAUGUCUCUUUUGAAAAGCCCUCGUCUUAAUGGCCAACGUCCUAUUUUGAGGAAAUAAUAAUCUUCAAUUUAUAUACUUUAGAAACUAAAUGUACUAUAAUACAAUGCAAUUUUAAAGAAUCGAAUGUCUUGCAUUGCUACAUUAUAUUACACAUCUUUUAAUAUCUACCAUCAUAACCAAAUGUAGCCUAUUACUAGCUGAAUAGAGUGAAAGCAUGUCAGCCUAUGCAUUUAUAAACUACCCCAUAUCCGGGCUAGUAGAAAAUCUGUUUGGGCCAGUAGAUUUUGGCCAGCUGGGAGGGGGGGGGGGAGUUGUUGGACCCUGGUUGGUGUGACUUAGUACACUUAUAUGGUUUGCGCUGAAGAUGGACUGAAUUUUGGCAAAAUGAUCAGAGUUUGUACGGUCAUGAAAAUCCUGGAAAUGUCAUGGAAUUUUAAAAUGGUGUUUUCCAGGCCUGGAAAAGUUCUGGGAAAUGAUUCAAUCCAAAAAGUUUCGGAAAAGUUUGAAUUUGAUUUCUGUUAAUGUAAUUUGUUUAGGAACAGUGUGAAUAUUUUAUAAAUCAAAUAAAAAUCAACAUAUCAGACAGGAUCGGAAUUACACUUAAUUAAGCGUGUCUGUGUAAAAAAAACAAACGUGUUUGCGAGCGUCACCUGCAUGUGAGAAGUGUGGGCCAUUGCUCAAGGAGAGAGACCGUUGGACAUUGCAGCAGCAGGUAGGCCUAGUCUAUAAAAUAUGAUAGAGAACAAACUAGGUAGCCAAUUCCAAACAUAUCUUGUACCCUCUAACGGUUUAGCAAAUGAUGGCAAGUAUUAAUGUUUUUGUCAUGUCCCAAAAACUUUCCACACUUGCUAAUAAGGCCAUACAAAGUUGAAUAACUUUUUAACAAUUCAUAUGAUUAAUUUAAAUUUAUUUAUUUUUGAUGAAACAAAUUAUUCACUUUGCCAUUGUAUUAUAUGGGAUUCGAUUCAGUUGUGUUGAAUCAAAUCAUGUGAAUCAAAAUUAUUUGUGAAUCGUUAACAUUAAUUUUAGGAAGAAACGGAUGUUACAUUUUACAUUUUAGUCAUUUAGCAGACGCUCUUAUCCAGAGCGACUUACAGUUAGUGAAUACAUAUUUUUUUUAUACUGGCCCCCCGUGGGAUGUGACCUCUUGGAUUACAUGGCUUCAAAACGUGUUUUGUAUAUACUUCCAGUUGAUUUGGGCAUCCAAUGAAUGGGACAUUGAAACUCAAUAGAUGCUAGACAGCCUGCAAAGUAAACACUUCUAAGGUAGUUAAGAUACAUGGCUGAACUCAAAAAGCUACAUUUCCUGAAGAAAAUUAGUGGGCUUGAUACGGCUGAAUAAAUAGAUUUGUAGCCUACAUAGCCAUUUGAUAUAUUGAAUGAGCAAAUAUUUUCUAAAAAGUAUAAAACUUAUUUGGUGGUUGUUGCAGUGUUUUCCAUAAAGGGUGGUCAACCAUCCUCCAGGAGAGCUAAUGGAUGUGCAGGCUUUUAUUCCAGUCCCCUUUAGUAAUGAGCUGCUCAACCGAACCUUGAUAAACUGGCUCUGUGUUUUUGCAGGGCUUGAUCAAAAGCCUGCACACCCAGUGGCUCUCCAGACUGACGGUUGACCACAUGUUUUAUACAGUUGCCUAACAGAUAUUCUACUUGGGGGGGGGGGGGGGGGGGGGGGGUUUAAAUGCCUUGCUCAACAACAGGAAAUGGUACAUGUAAUCAGAAAGCAGCCUUCCAUGGUGUCGAUACCACAUUACGCUCACUUUUAUACGUACGUAGAUGCCGCCAAUUGUUGGUCAUGGAAAUUUGGUGGAAAGUCGUGAAAUUCCAUCUGUCAAUAUAUGUGAACCCUGUAUGACUUCAUAACGUCUGUUGCAUCUAGCUUUACUAAGAGAAUGCCUCUAAAAGUAAAGAUUGAAUGUGAUUCGGAUUGUCACGGUCAGGAAUAGUUUUACCGCUAUGAUGCAUUUCUUGUGUUAUGAUAGGCUUCAUCCACAUGCAUUGCUAACAUUGCUUGAGUGGAAACGCAUUGGUGGAUGUUUAGGAUCAUAAUGGCCUCCAUACAAUAUAAAUGGAGGUUACAUCAUUAUUGUGUGAAAGUAGUCCUGGUUCAGGAGUGGAGAGCAAUACAGUACCUUAAAAAUUCUGUUCCCUUAGUUUUCAGUUGUCUUGAUAAGGUAAUGAUGGGCUGCAAUUAGCUUAGAGCAGGUGUUUGAAGGAUGAGGUUAGGAAAUGCCUGCCUAAGUGUUGGAUGGCAUCAAUUGAGCCGACGGUUGUUGCUUUAGAAGGGGCACAACUGGUUUUGUCUUAACUGUUUUCCUGGCAUUUCAUGGUCUUAGUCUAUAAAUGUUAAUGUACUUUAGUUUUUCAGAAUUUCCCGACUGCCUGUCAUGAAUUGAUUUCAUUCUGCCUGUUGUGAAUGUUUAUAAACUCAUGUCUUACACACCUUGUCUGUCUCCUCAGAUACAUUGUGCUGACCACCUCAGCUGGCAUCAUGGACCACGAAGAAGCCAGACGAAAACACACAGGGGGGAAAAUUCUUGGAUUCUUUUUCUAAAAUGUAAAGAACUGCAAAAUAAAACACCAAAUCCAGUGGA